AUGCUGAUUCACUCCUUUCUCGAAUUCAGUCUUGUUGCAGAGAUCCGUGCCGAGGCCGUGCAACAAGCACUUGCUGAAUAUUCCCAAGGUUACAAAGUGCGUCCCAGCAUUGUUCAGCCAAUCAAGCGCCCCACUGAAACGCGGAGGCAAUUCAGUCGAGCUUCCGAUUCGUCGUCUGAUGAUGACGACAGCCUGGUGGGUUCGUUAAAGCGGAAAAAUCAGCCCUCAAGCAAGCAGAACACUGGAUUAGAUUCGAGAGGAAACAUCAAAAUUCCUCUCACAAUACCUCGUGAAAGUUUCGUCUGA